UUCAGGAGAAGUUUGCAGUGAUGGCCCUGAAUGCGUUUGUAAUGGAGAGCAUGGCAUACCUGACAGCAGGGAUGAUGGACAGGCCAGGACUUCCAGACUGUUCUGUAGAGGCCGCCAUGGUCAAGGUGUUCAGCUCAGAGGGAGGUUGGAUUUGUGUCAGUGAAGCACUGCAGGUCCUCGGAGGUCUGGGUUAUACAAAGAAUUACCCCUACGAGCGCUAUGUCAGGGACUGCCGCAUCCUGCCUAUCUUUGAGGGAACCAAUGAAAUCCUGAGGAUGUACAUUGCUCUCACUGGAAUGCAGCACGCUGGCAAAAUCCUCACAGGGAAAAUAAAGUAAGAAUAUGAAGGUUGGACUGUA